CGGUCAGUUAGGUUAAUGAUUUAGUUCAAAUGUAUUUCUCUCUAAUUUUGGUUGUGUGUACGUUCGCGACUUUUAUUGAUGGCUUAGAUAGACUUGGAGUAUAGGAGCAUUGCAUUCUUAGGUUGUGUACCAGAUGAGACAGUUUUCAAGAAAUGAAAAAAAAAAUUGCAAUUUUUUUCCUUUCACUAAUAAUUAUGGUCAAUUUUCCAACAUUCGGCUCGGGGACAGAAGAAUCGGAAGAAACGGAAGAAACGGAUGAAACGAAUGGAAUACAAAACGGUGUUCCUGACAUUGGUGAAUUUGAUUUGACCGAAUUUCAAAUGAGUACUUUCCGUGAGAUUAUCCUAUUAUUUAAACAGGCGCUUGGAAAAAAUCUGUAUGAAGAAUUAUUCUUGCAUAACGGAACAACGAAAAUACAUUCGGAAAUCAUCAACUUCAACAACUUGAAAAUAUCUUUCGAGAUUUUCACAACCAAAGACGAUACGUAUUUUUUAUAUGCCGACGAAAUCUCAUGCGAUCCUCGCAAAUAUCUCGUGAUUAAAUUGAAACAAAAGAAAAACGAUCGGGAUAAAAUGAUGAAAGUAACAGGAAACCUGAAAUAUCAUCGAUCAGAAAAUUCCACCCAAACAUGCCGAGUAACCUUCAGUUUGGAAUUCGAAUUUUUGAGCAUUAAUAUGAAAUCCUACCAUAUGAACACAAAUGAUAUACAGAAAACCAGAAAAAAGCCUUUGAUUCCUAGGAAAAAAAUCGCAGAGGAUGCGCAUAUGAGGAUAACUGAAUGGAAAGAAUAUUCAUGCGAUGACGUAAAUGAAGAACAGCGACAAUCCAUUCGCGAAAAUACGUCGCAAGCAAUGAUGUAUUGGAUAGGAGAACAGCUACUCGCAACGCAACUUCCAUUUCAAUCGAUUCGCGAUAAAUGUCAGCACAUGCAAAACAUUUCUAAUGAAAUGAAAAACAGGAAUUUUGUGCACCUCAAACCAAAUCAUACGACACCAGCUUCUCCUUUGAAGUCAAAUUAUAAUGACAUUAUGAUUCGUGGUUUACAUGAUUUCAAUCUGCGUAUGAAUCAAUUCGAGGAUACGGUUCAAUAUGAAAUGGAAUUUCUUCAUACUGAAAUAACUUGGACACUUACUUCGAUUUCUCAGAAAACAUUUUAUUUCAUACCACGUCUAAUCACUAUGAAUGGGAGUUGUACCGAGUUCACUAUUAAUGCACUCAGUAUAAAAUUGCAUCAGAGCAAACUUCAGUACUUCGAUGAACAUGGAGACACGCAGAUCACAAGCGCACCAGAAGAUAAAAUCAAGAAUCUGGAGACGCUCAUCUUGCAUGAAAUUGAUCGAGAAUUACAAAAUAAUACACCAUGUGACACUACCGAAAUCUUCACGAAAACCAUUAGUGCAAUACUUAUUGCCUUUAAAACAUACUCAUAUAAAAAUGCAUUCUAUAAUAGUGGAAGAAAAGCGAUAUAUUUUUCCAGUAUUACCAAUAAUAAAAAGGAAGAUUCUCAGGAUUUGAAUAUGAAACAUGUAAAAUGUUCAUUUCACCACAGUUUAGAGGUUGAUGAGAUUAAUUACAAUGAAACCGCAGCUCACGUCAAUUUACAAUAUCAUUCAGGUAACGAAAUGAAAGAAAUCUUAGCGCUUUUUGAAAUGAAAAAUCUCAAUUUUACAUCCCACAACUUGUUAUUGAGUACAAAGGAAACGGAAACAGAAAUUGAUCGCAAUUUUCAGAUUGCAAACAAAACAAUCACGAUUCUAUCAAACCAAAAUUAUCAAAAAAGACAGCGUAUUUCAAUAGGCGAAAACAUUUAUAAAUCUUUUUUUGACGAAAUGAAAGAUCAAAUCAUCAGCGCCGCAGAAUCAUUUCGUCCACCACCUGAUAUUUGCACGGAUCCGAUGAAAGAAUAUCGAAGACCACAUCCAAAUUAUCAACAAAAUCGCAAAAAGUAUUACGUUAAAUUUUCUUCAGAUUGGAUGGAAACUAUGUACCCUUUCACCAGUCGGUUUGUUGAGAUAAUAAUUGACGGAACGUGGAAUUUUAAAUCUAUUGAUGUAGGAUACAACCACGAAGUUGAACGUCCUAUCUUUUACGAUUUACGAAUGGAAAACGUCGCUGGCAGCAUUAAACAAAUUGGUGCUCCUAAUGCCAGUGAAACAGUAAAACUGAAUUUCAUCGUGAAAAGUUUGAACCUACAUUUUACAAACAGAACUGUUCGGGCGGAAGUUCAAGAGUCUAUGCAGAACUCCAUCAUUCCAACUCCGCUUUAUAACUUAUCUCUUAUUCUUACAACUGUAAUUAUGGAAAAAAUUCAGCGAUCCAUUGCAUCUUUCAUCCAACAAUCAUUUCAUGAUGUAAAUAAAAUAGGAUAUGGGCACAUGAUAGAGGAAUACCUAACAAGCUCUCCUAUAUUAACAAGCGAUAAAUCAUACGACCUGUUACGGGAAGAAAUGCAUGGAAUACAAGAAGAAUCAUCACAAUACGAUAUUUCGUCCAUAUUUUCAAAACAGUUCGUCUCCACUUUAGAAGAUCUUCAAAGUGCCAUGAACGAUGACGUAUACCAAAUCAAGAAUCAUCCUAUAAAAUACGAUAAUGACAUUCCUGAUGAAAUGAAAAGACUGAAUGAAUCUUUCAAUCAUUUCAUUUCUUUGAAUGGUGUCAACAUUUCAUUGGCUUUUCCAAUCGCUCGCGAAGAAACAUGCGACCUACUUGAUCACUCUCAGGUACAGAUCGUCUAUAAUGUAACGCUGCAGUUGACAGGAGUAGUUACAAUAAUGAGCAAUUCAAGCACCGCAUUUGCUCGUAUUCAAUUUUGGACGAGAAACCUUAGCACGAUUAUUACUUUUAUAAAAGACAUUAAUGGAGAAUUCCAACUUGACGUCAUCCGUGAAAACAUGGAGGUUCGAAUUAAACACCUGACAGAAAACAUGCACAAGAGCAUAGAAAACGAAGAAAACAACUUGAAAAUUAAACUCGAACAAAUUUCAAUUGUAAUAAUAAGAAAAAAAUUGCUGGAAGUUCGAACAUGGUUUAGCAAUGACGUUAAUAAUUUCUGCGAAAUGCCUCACAUCGCAGCCAAUGAAACGCAUUCUGAUUUACUCAACGAUUCACAUCCAUAUUUUUAUUCAAUAAUUGAUAUCGGCCUACAAUCGUACUCAAAAUGUUUACUUUAUUCCGUCAGUUUAUACGGAUUAUUCAAUUUCAAGUUGCUGAAUCUGCAGAAAAAUAAAAAUAAAGUGACAAAAUUUCAAUUCGAGGCCAGGAAUUUAACUGCUCGUAUUGUCUGGAAAUCUGGUUCGAACCAUAGGUCUGUCCCAUCAAUGGAAGCUGAAACGCUGGAUGUGCAAAUUGAAACAAUUAUAUUGAUAGGAGAGACUGAUGACGACUCAAAAAACCUGCAGUUUUUCGACGAAUCUACAGUGCUGCUGUCAUCAAAUCAAGGAAACAUUGACGAACAAAAAACGUUGACAGAAGUCUUAAAUAAGAUCGUUAUGUCUCCCAUUCAGCAGUUAAUCAAAAAAACAUACCUAAAAACGAAAUCUUAUUUACGGUACUUGACAGAUUCCACACAAGGUAUCAAAAAAGUUCCAUUGAGGCGAAAUGGUCUUCGUAAAGACCCACUCAGAGACAUAACGGACCUUGUAAUAAAUUCAUUACGCGAGUUAAUCAUAACUUUUAGACAGGCGUUUGGAAGAAAUCUCUAUGAAGAACUGUUCUCGCAAAAUCAAACAAUGGAAAUGCUUUCGGGAAUGACCAAUUUUGAAAACUUACAAAUAUCUUGUAGCAUUUUUCAAACUGGUCACAACAUGUUUUUCAUACAUACUGAUGAUAUUGAAUGCCAGCCUCGAAAAUAUUUACAAAUCAAAUUGAAACAAAAAAACAGCAUGCGGGCGAAAAUGAUGAAACUAACAGGAAGCUUGAAAUAUCCUCGAUUGGAAAAUUCAACACAAGCAUGCCAAGUAAACUUCAGUUUGGAAUUCGAAUUUCUCAGCAUUCAAGUAAAGUUCCCCCAUGUAACUAAGAAUAAUACACAUGAAAACAGCACAGAUUUGAAGGUAACAGAAUGGAAUGAAAAUUCGUGCGAUGACAUGGAUGAAGAACACCGUCGGGUCGCACGCCAAAAUACGCUGCAAGUAAUGAUGGAUUGGGUAGAAAAGAGGCUUUUCACAAACUCAAAAUUGCCAUUUCAAUCGAUGCGUAAAAUAUGUGAACAGUUUUUAAAUGAUUUCAAUGAAACAGCACAAGAUUAUUAUGUGGACCUCAGCUCUGGUUAUAAUGCUGCAACAUUUCCUUGGAAAACAAAUCGAAAUGACAUUUUAAUUCGAGGAUUACACGAUUUUACUUUGCACAUGCAUCAUUUCGAAGAUGCGGUUCAGUAUGAAAUAGAAUUUCCUCAUACUACAAUAGAAUGGCAGAUGAAGCCGAUAAUUACACAGUAUUUUAUUAGUGAGUCACAAUCACAACGCAUUACUAUGAAUGGGACUUUCAAAGAGUUCACUGAUAAUGCAUUCAAUAUAACAUUGCUCGGGAGCCAACUUUAUAUGGAAUUUGAAGAUGAAAACAUCACGGCAUCAGCAGAACAAGUCAAGAAUCUGGAGGCACUCAUCGCAUACGGAAUUGAUCAAGAGCUACGAAAUAAUGAGCGACGUGAUGUCACUACGAACUUCUUGAACAUCAUUCGCAGAACAUUGUCCAGAUUGAGGGAUCAAAAAUUCGAAAUUCCAUUUCGUGACAAUGGGAAAACAGCAACACAUGUUUUCAGCAUUGAACCAGACUUUCUCCAGAAUUCAAGUUCAGAAUACUACAUAAAAUGUUUAUUCAAUGACAGUCUAGAGAUUGGCGCGCUUGGUUACAAACAAGUUACAGCGCGAGUCAAUUUACAGUACCAGGCAGAUAAUGAAGCGUUAAAAGAAACAUCUGCGUUUGUAAAAAUGAAAAAUUUCAAUUCUACGCCCUACAACUUCUUAUUUACAAAGGGAUUAGAUACAGAAAUAGAACGUAAUUUAAACGCCUCAAAAAAAACAAUCACGAUUUUAUCAACUCGUCGCUAUAAAAGAAAGGAUCGUACUGCAAUCGGUAAAGUUGUUUUCGGAUCUUUUCUUAAAGAGAUGAAGGAUAGAAUCAUCAGUCUUGAAAAAUCAAUUCGUCCGAUAUCAUAUACGUGCAAGGACCAUAUGGACAAAUUUCGAAAACUGUAUUCAAAUUACGAAGAAAAUCACAAAAAGUACUACAUUUCAUUUCCCGCAGACUGGAUUGAUACUGUAGAUCCUUUUACCAGUCGGAACGUUAGAAUCAUAAUCAACGGAACGUGGAAUUUUAAAUCCAUCAAUAGGGUCUCGUACAGCAAAAAAGAUCCUAGCUGCUGCCAUUUACUAAUAGAAAACGUCACCGGCAGUAUCAAACAAAUUGAUGCAUCGGAUCUCGGCACAGCGGCACACCUGAAUUUCAGCGUGAAGUGUUUAUUGAUUAAAAUGAAUUACAUCUUUUCUUUUUGGGCAGAAGUUCCCGAUUCAAAGCAAUUCAUCAUCACUUCGAAUGCCCCUUACAGCAACUCUUCUUCUAUUCGUAAAAAUGUAAUCAUAGAAAAGUUUCAGCGAUCGUUUACAUCUCUAAUUCAGCGAGGAUACAAUGUUGAAUAUUGGCAGAAAAGAAUGGUUGAAGAAUUCAAAAACGAAACAGCGACGGGGGCCAUGUGGAAUGAAGCACUACCACAAUACAAUAUUUCGUCACUAUUUUUAGAAAAGUUUGUCGAAACUUUGAAAAAUCUUCGACGUCAUUUGAAGAUACAAGGACGCCAAAUUAAUAACCUACAUCUCAAAAAUUCGAAUGAAGUUCCUAAUGAAAUGGAACGACAAAAUGAAUCUUCAAAUUAUUCCAUUUCCUUGGAUGAAGUCAAAAUUUCAUCGACCAUUCCAAUCGCUUAUGAAAUAACAUGCACACCAUCAAAUCACACUCAGAUUUCCUACAAUAUAACACUCCAGUUGACAGGAAUGGUCGCGAUGACGAACAAUUCAAACUUCGUUUUGGGUAAUAUUUCUUUUUUAGCGAGCACUCGUAACACGAUUAUUACCUUUAAAAAUGAUAGUACAGGAGGACUGCAAUUAGACGUUGCUUGCGAAAACACGGAAGUUCAAUUGAGAGACCCGUCAGAGAAAAUCUACAAGUACGUAGAAAAUGAAAAAAAUGACUUGAAAAAUAGACUCGAACAAAUUUCGAUUGAAAUAAUAAAAACAAAAUUGAGUGAAGCCUUUCAAUCAUGGUUCAAUAAUGAUGACGUAAUAAACUUCUGCGAACUUCCUCGUGUUAUAGCCACCAAUGCAACUUACUCCAAUUUACACAGCGAUUCACAACGAUAUUUUUACUCGAUUAGGGAAGUACUUAACAUAGCUAUUGAAGAUAUUGAUGAUUACCUAGUUUAUCAAAUCAACUUAUAUGGAUUCCUCAAUUUCAAAUCAUUAAAAAUGCAGUACUCCGGAAAGAAAACAAAAUUUGAAUUUCAGGCAAGAAAUGUAACUGCUCGUAUUACCUGGAAACGCAAUGAAUAUCCAAUUAUAUCAAUGAAGGUUGAAAAAAUGGAUGUGGAAAUCGAAGAAAUCAUACUACGGGGGGAAAUUACAACAUUUUCGAGAAGAAUAGUUAUAUUUCCUGAAUCUACACUGCGGCUGUCGCCAAAUCAAGGAAAUGUUGAAGAACAAAAGACGCUGACUGAAAACUUGAACGCUGUAGUGAUGAAUUCCCUUGCGAACUCGAUCAAAAGAGAAAAUGAAAAAAAUGUAUGAACCAGUAAAUAUCUUCAAAUAAUUAAUCAAUGAAUAGUUCGAUAGUUCAUGCAAAAUAAUCUUCACUUGAAUUCAAGUAGGCAGGAAAGUUAGGGGUACUUUCUAACCAUUAUUCGUUGUACCUAUGUAGGUACUCAAUUCACGCUCCAAGUUGUAAACAAAUUUUUCAACUGAAUAAUUUCCAUUACGAAAAUUACGUAAGGAGUACCUUUAGUACCUACCUACCUACAUAAUUCAUCACUGCUAAAUGUUAUUAUUCGAUAUUUUUAUUAAUUUUAGAUAUUCUUUAAUUUAAGUUUUUGAUAUAAGUCUACAUAUGUCUAACGUCAUAAGCUUACCUAUCUUCAGUUUAAAAUUAAAAAAAUUAUGUA